UGCCGGGUACAGCAGGAUGGCGUCUGCGGACUGUGUGGAGGAAUGAAGCGACUGACCGCUGACGGUUUCCCCGCUGAACCCGCACUACCGGCGGCAUCAAGUGUUUCACAGAGAGGAGCUUCCGACGUCACUGAGCUAUGAGGAGUGGAGUGCUGUUGCCGGCAGGCGGUCUGGCUCUUGGACUAUGCUGUGUUUGUCUACUGGGUGGUGCCUCCUGAGCCGAGCUCGCCCCCCCCGCCUUACUGCUCAGUCCAUCACCAUGUACACCACCCGCCUCUACAGCGCCGGAGGGGGAGGUGGAGGAGGUGGGGUUAAACAGGGGCGAAGAGCGGGGCUGGCAGUGCUCGAGUCACCCCACCCUGCUCACCCCCACCACCCACACCCAGCGCCGCCUCCCCCCACCUACCCACUGUACCAGGCCCACCCCGACGUCCACCGAGGAGGCCACUUCCACCAUCACUACCACCCUCAUCCGCAGCCCCACUUGGCCCCACCCCCCCUGGCCCAGCACUACCACACCUCCAUCCCUUCUUACGGGGGCGGAGCUUCAGCCGGAGGGCCAGCCAGCGGGAGCAAGAAGAAAACAUGGAACUUCAUCCAUGAGAAGAUGAGCUACGACACCUUCUUCACCAUGAAGCGCCUGAUCGAGCGCUCGCGGCGGCCUGACGAGGUCCUGCGCUGGGUCACCCAGAACCCCGCCAAGAUCUCCCACAACCACUACCCUGUCGCUCUUCAGAAGAUCGGACAGCUGCUGCAGGCCACACCCCUGCCACGCACCACCGGGGACGAUGGUGUGGUUUCUGGAGAUGGAGCAUCGCAGGAGAACGGGCGGCAGAUUCUGGAACAUCAGGACUUCCAGACGCUCUGCGCCGCCAUCGUUAGCGACUGUGCCAAGUUUGACAACUUCAGCAUCGUCAACUGUCUGUACGCCGUGGCCGCGCUUGGUAUGUCCAGUGAUUCCCAGGUGGUUCAAGUCCUGGAGGCUGAGUCCCAGUCCAGACUGAACCAGUUCAACCAGAAGGACGUAUCCAUGGUGUUCAGUUCCAGCAUGAAGCUCCACCCGGGCAGCCAGCACCCACUGACAGAGGCCUGCCUGGCGGGCCUGGAGAAGAACCUGGAGCGAGAACGCCACCCUCAGACGCUCUUCCUGCUGCUGUCUUACUACCGGCUCAAGUGGCGCUCGCUGCACCCUUCAGAACCGACUGCUGGUACUGGUGCUGGUACCAGUCCUAACGCCUGCACGCCUCCAAACCCAGAACAGCUGCUCGCCAACAGAAAGAUCCUCCGUCUAGUCAAACACACCCUGUCCAGUGUCAGCGGAGUCCGGGACCAGGAGAUGGCGCUGCUGGACGAAAUGCUGGCGGCGUGCGUUUGUGAGGCGAGCAACAAGAGUCUGGAGCUGAUCUUCAGUUCUCACCUGUUCUACCAGAACCGACAGGAGAAGUUCAUCGGCAGCCUCGCAGAGGAGUUGCCUAAAAAAGUGGACAGCAUCACGCCAUAUACGAUGGCUCUGAUCGCCAAAUACGUCGCCCGCCAUCGACUCAGAGAGACCCGCCUGCUGGACACCAUUGCCGACUUCCUGGUGAAGAAGGCAGAGUAUCUGGACAGUAAGGUGAUCCAGAAGCUGGUGUUCCCGUUGAGCAGGAUGAGCUACCGGCCAUUCAACGAGCAACAGUUCUUCUCUCGAUUGGAGGAGGUGGUGGAGCUGAAGGCGCUCAGCUCGCCGCUCGCCACCGUCAACAUCCUCAUGUCUCUGUUCCAGUUGGGACAUUUUCCCGGCCUGGUUCUGCACAGAGUCUUCUCCUCGGCCUUCAUCAGCAACGUCACCAACAGCCCCUACGCUCUGAUCGUCAGGAGGUACCUCUCUCUGCUGGACGCCGCCGUGGAACUGGAGUACCGAGACUACACAGGUCCUCGUCUCCAGGAUGCCCACAAGGUGCUGAUGUUUGACCACGCCCUCACCGCCGAUGAGGUCAACCGCAAAUACAGCUAUAAAGGUCUGGUGGCAGAAGCUCUGCGACAGCUGGUUGGAGAACAGAACUACAAACAGGACGAGGUGCUGGCCCCGGGGUACUACACAGACUUUGUCCUCUGGCUCGAUGGUUCUGGUCGGGUUCUGCCCAUCAGGUCUGGAUCUGGUCUUCCUGUGAAUGUUGAUCCUCCAUCCUGUGUUGCUAUGGUGACUAAGGCAUCUGAUGAUGCGGUUGCCACGGUGACGUCAGACCUGCAGAAGUUCUCUCCGUUUGUGGCUUUGGAGGACGGUGCCGAGCAGCCGUGUGACGUGGCUGAAGGCACGGGCGGAUCAGUGGAGGCUCGGUCCUUCUUGCCCCCCCACAUCUGCAGCACAGUGGGGACUACCACGGUCUCGGGCCCCCCGCGGGCCAGCACCAACAGCGGGCCCCUGGACUAUGGCCCCUACUAUGUCCCCGCAGGAGAGUACUAUUCCAGUCUGGCUAAGGAGCAGUCUGUGGAGAGCCAGGACAGUUCCACGCUGAGCAGCCCCCCCUCUGACAGCCUGGCUCCUCCGGGGAACCAGGGACCUGCAGGGGCCACCGCCCCACACUCCCUCCUGCAGUUCUCCAUUGGUAAGAUCCUGGAAGAAGAGGGGGCCACGGGGGUCCAGGGGACAGACCGUGAAUUGGCAGGUUUCUACGAAGGGGUGACGUACUGCGAGGGGUCCGGGCCCAACAGGGGGCUCCCGUCCCCCCCAAAGCUCCACCCUGCAGACCAACCAGAACAUCUGCCAAUCGACCAAAGGCAGAUCCAGAGGGUCAUCAUGUCUGUCAAUGACAAGUGGCACUACUGCCACAACUCUGAGGUUCUGGUCGGGUCCAGGGCCAUGAGGGAUCGGCACCUGAGACUGCUGGGAUACGUCAUUCUGCAGCUGCCUUACCAUGAGCUGGAGAAGCUGAAUGGCAUCGAGGAGGUGAAGCAGUAUCUGCACCAGAAGCUGCUGGAGGUUCCACGGUGACCCACCGGUCUGGUGGGGGUGGGGUGCAACUUCCACAGGAUCUAAGAAGCACAUUGUUUUUUAACAAAGCUGAUUAAUUCCUUCCUCCAUCAAUCAGUAAAUGCGAUCAGUGGGGGACCGCAGGUGGACUCGUCCUCCCACCAAGCUGUGCAGCUGAUUAAAGGACCAUUCUGCUGUUUUUACUCAAGCCUGCAUAUCUACUGGACUGAACGUUUGUUUGUCCUGUGUUCUGUCGACCUCCCACUGCUGCGUUCAGGUGCAUCCACAGGUGUGUUCUCCCGUGCAGGUGCGACACAUUCUAGUUACAUCACAGUUUAAGGUGAAAGCAGCAAAGUGGUCCUUACGGGAGUGGUCUGGUUGAUCGCUGUGUGGAUGUGGUUUUUUUUGGGGAGGGGAGUUCUGUUUGAUAAAGUUUGGUAACCAUGGUAACGACGCUGCAUGUGGGACUGUUUUGUAAAAUGUGCCAAAGGCUGGAGGGGGCGGUAGCUGACCGUUGUGGUCAAAGUUCAGAUUAUUUAUUUGUGUAUCAGGUGAUGGACAGAAGGAUGUUUAUAUUCUAUAAAUCUAUAAAACAAA